AGAAGCUGCAUCUGGAAAGUCCGGCGGCGAUGACUUCCCACAAGGGCUGGAGCGGAUUUGGAAGGAACUGUGCAAUGUAGCGGGUUCUUUGUGAAAGAGAGGCCCCGAGAGAAGCCACAGGAACAUCCUCCGGGUGCCCGGAGCCCUGACCCGGGGAGCCCCUCGCUUCAGCCUCAUUUCCCGCAGAGGGUGCCAUGCGGAGGCGGCUGGCGGGGGCCUGGCCCUGAGUCCGGGGACUUCAGACGGGACCCAGCCUCUCCUCCGAGUAACAGCCCCCAAGGAGAUGAGUUGUCCUCUGAUGAAGCCUGGGAUGGUCCCCCCUCCGCCGGGAGAGGAGAGCCAGAGCUUCGUGCUGCCCCCCGGCUGGCAGAGCUACCUGUCCCCCCAGGGCCGGCGCUACUAUGUCAACACGACCACCAAUGAGACCACCUGGGAGCGCCCCGGCGGUUCUGGGAUUCCCGCCAGUCCUGGCACUCACAGGAGCCCUCUGCCUCCGACAGUGAAUGGAUACCACGCAUCAGGGACCCCAGCACACCCUCCUGAGACUGCCCACAUGAGUGUCCGAAAGUCCGCCGCUGAUCCCCAGAACCUGGGGUCCUCGUCGCCAGGCAAAAAGCAGAGCAAGGAGAACACCAUCACGAUCAACUGUGUGACAUUCCCUCACCCGGACACGAUGCCCGAGCAGCAGCUGCUGAAACCGACCGAGUGGAGCUAUUGCGACUAUUUCUGGGCUGAUAAGAAGGACCCCCAGGGCAACGGCAACGUGGCUGGGUUUGAACUGCUGCUUCAGAAACAGCUGAAGGGCAAGCAGAUGCAGAAGGAGAUGUCGGAAUUCAUUCGGGAGAGGAUAAAGAUUGAAGAAGAAUAUGCGAAGAACUUAGCUAAGCUCUCUCAGAACUCCUUGGCCGCACAGGAGGAAGGGUCCCUGGGCGAGGCGUGGGCGCAGGUGAAGAAGAGCCUGGCUGACGAGGCAGAAGUCCACCUCAAGUUCUCCGCCAAGCUCCACAGCGAGGUGGAGAAGCCGCUGAUGAACUUCCGGGAGAACUUCAAGAAAGACAUGAAAAAGUGUGACCACCACAUCGCCGACCUCCGCAAGCAGCUUGCCAGCCGCUACGCCGCAGUGGAGAAGGCCCGGAAAGCACUCACGGAGCGGCAGAGGGACCUGGAGAUGAAGACCCAGCAGCUGGAGAUCAAGCUGAGCAACAAGACGGAGGAGGACAUCAAGAAGGCCCGGAGGAAGUCCACGCAGGCCGGAGAUGACCUCAUGCGCUGUGUGGACCUCUACAACCAGGCCCAGUCCAAGUGGUUUGAAGAGAUGGUGACCACCACGCUGGAGCUGGAGCGGCUGGAGGUGGAGAGGGUGGAGAUGAUCCGGCAGCACCUGUGCCAGUACACGCAGCUGCGGCACGAGACAGACAUGUUCAACCAAAGCACAGUCGAGCCAGUGGACCAGCUGCUUCGCAAAGUGGACCCAGCCAAAGACAGGGAGCUGUGGGUCAGAGAGCACAAGACGGGCAACAUCCGCCCUGUGGACAUGGAGAUCUAGGCGGGCACACGCAGCCCCUGGGGUCCUGCCAAGGAGAGGGGCCGGGGGGCCCAUGGAGAGGAGGGGGUGGGUCCCGCUGCCAAGUGGAGCUGCCCUCCCCCCCACUCUCCUGCCCACUGAGGAGAGGGGAGGGUGAGGGCCGCAGCCAGCGAUUCCAGAAGGGCGGCCUGGCGGCCUCGCUGGGAGGUCCCCGUGUUCCCAGGCCAAGAAGGUGGAUCCACAGCCCCGCCCUUAUCUCUGAGGCCGAAGACCCCCAACUCCCAUGUUGUGCUUGCCGUCCCGGGAACAAACUGAAGCUGGAACUUUGUGGUCCCUGCUGAGCACCGUAGGGUCAUCUCCCCGCCCAGAGCCAGCUGCAUCCCAUGCUCGUGCCCCUGGAAGCCCCGAGGUCCUUCCUCCAGCUGGCCCCCUGGUCUCCAGGGAGGUCUCUGUCUCCAAGCCAAGUGUCAGGAUCGCCGUCGUGGACGGAAGGCAGCGUUCAACAGCCCGCACUCAGAAUCCUUUGCAGCCUUCCCUCUUAUUUUUUUUUCCCCGUUGCAUUCUGGGAGGCCACAUCCUGGCUCUUCCCCGUCUCCGUUCAUGAUCAAGAGUCUUGGGAAGAAGGCCUCGCUGCCGCCUUCCCGGACUGACCUGCCUGGAGAGGUCCGGAUGGAACUACCUCAUCAGCAAAUCAGCCCUCAGUCAUCGUGCUGAGUCGGGUUCCCCAGCAGAUCAGGCAUCCUCUGCAAAGUCUCUCCCAGAAUCCCCAGCCCCCCGACCUGCAGAUGCCCCCUCCUCCCAUCCCCACCCCUCUCUACGCUCUAAACGGGGCUGGGUCAGUCCCACGUGGGAGACAGUCUGGGGCAAGUCUUUGUCACCGCCCCCCCCCACCCCCCAAUGGCUCCCCCUGCUUGCAUAUGGCAGCAUUGGGACCACUGUCCCUCGUAUGGCUUCCUGUCAGUGGUGGUCACUGUACAGGCAUCCAAGACCAACAUGGCCACAGUAGGUUGUCGCCUACUGGGCAGCGUCUCGCCACCGCGGCCUCUCGGCAACUCCUGCACAGUCCGGAGCCCAGCAUCAGGCCCUGCCUGGGGGUGGUGCCGCCUUCCCUUCCUUCAUCUCCCAAUUGCUCAUAAAAUCUGGUCUGAGUGUGACGUAGGAAGCUUUCAGGGCUGCAGUCGGGUCCUUGCCCAUCAUGUGCUCCUCUUCCUGACCCCAGCAAACAUAUUCUCCGUCGUGUUAAGUCCUGAGAAUCAGUUCGAAAGGACCAGAGGAAGGAGAGGGAACUGAAGGAGGAAGCGCAGCUAGCCAGGGGCAGCCCAUGCCCUGAGAACCAACCCAUCUUUCUCACUUAAUCUUCCCCAUCGAUUACUUUGGAUUUACAGGAUCCAUAUAUUCCCAAGAGUGUGGAAUUCUAGGAGCACAACUCACUGGUCUUUCAGUCUUAUGUAUCUGAUGCUGUAUUAACUUUGAAUCUUUCGGUACCUCUUUCAUUGAGUCAGACCGCGCUCUCACAGUUUAUGGCAGAAAGAUGCUGAAUAUACUAAAGCCAGCCAAACCUUGUCCCUUCUCUUACGGAAACAUCCCAACCAGAAAGCUCAGUGCGAAGGCCUUGUCCGACCUGCCUCUGUCCACUGCAUGGAGAACCACUCCCGGCUCUACGAUGGGGCCAUGACACCCACCACCGGUUUCAGGGUCUCCGCUCUCGGUUUCUUUAUUAAAAACAGGUGCAAGUAGGAACUGCUUUGUGGCUUAGCAGAGUAAUUUGUGGAUGAUAUUGAGCUAUUCAAAGCCAAUGGCCAUGUCAUGAACACAUCUUCUGAGUGGAUACGCUCAGUGAGUUUGCCUUCUCGCUUCUCUCUGAGGAUUCUAGUCUUCUGCUCCUCCCUGGGACAGAGCGAGCUCUCCUGCCUCUUCUGGGGUAGCCUGAGCUGGCCCCGUGUGGGCCGGCCUGUCUGAUGAAGUGUUUCUUUCCUCCUCAUCCCCUCACCUCAGUCUCGGUAGCUUUUUCACCUACUUUUCCUCUGUUUUUCUUCCCUCUUUUAUUCAUUCAUCAAGCAUUUAGCUGAAGACACGUGAUGUGCUAAGAUCUGAGGGCAAGGUAUGGGCUUAUUUUCUGUGAUUGUGUAUAGACAUCUUUUCUCCAGGGUUCUUGCAGGUCGGUGACCUUGGCGUUCACAUACAGGUACUCUGUAGACCUUGGGUUUUCAGGGAUACCAUCUGUUGUGCUGAUCCGCAUUCAUUUAUUGAGCAGAUCCUUGGGACAAGCCAGGCACUCUUGCCCGCCCCUCUAUUCCUCAUGUAGACAGAUAUUUUGACCUUUCUGGAUAAUGAGAACAUUUAACCUACCACAUUUUACCCACUGGGAAUCUGUAAUUAUAGUACAAACUACCGUCAUACGGCAUUUACCCAAUUGGUGGGAGAUAGACAGCAACAAGGCUCAGUGCCCUAGUCAC